AAGGUCUCUACUGAGUUGCUUGAAACUCGUUAGAUAAAGGUUCGGCUUGCUCGACUCAAUUCCUUUAAAACUUUUUUUUUUUUUAAAUUAAUCAAACUUGAAUUUAUUGAUAUUAGGUUCGAAUUCCAUAUGAAUUGAACUUAAAUUCGGUUUGAACUCAAAAAUAUUUUGGAGAAUCAAGUUCUGAAAUUCUUCAAAACUCGGUUUGAUUCGUUUACCGCAUCCAGCAAUUGCUUGUUUAGGGCACAACAAUCUUAAUUUGAACAAACAUAUCUGAAACUGGAACGGAGUUAGAUUAUCAUUUUUGAGCUGUCGCGAUCCGGUGGUCGAUGGCGAAAAUCGCGUUAGGAUGCGACCCAGUGGUGGGUUCACUCGCCUCCUCCAAGAAGAGGGAGUACAGAGUCACUAACAGACUGCAGGAGGGCAAGCGUCCCCUCUACGCCGUCGUUUUCAACUUCAUCGACUCUCGUUACUUCAACGUCUUCGCCACCGUGGGCGGCAACCGGGUGACUGUUUAUCAAUGUCUUGAAGGAGGCGUCAUAGCGGUUUUGCAAUCGUAUGUUGAUGAAGAUAAGGAUGAGUCUUUUUAUACGGUGAGCUGGGCAUGUAACGUUGAUGGAACUCCAUUUGUUGUAGCUGGAGGAAUCAAUGGUAUCAUCCGUGUAAUUGAUGCGAGCAAUGAGAAGAUACACAAGAGUUUUGUUGGCCAUGGAGAUUCAAUAAAUGAAAUCAGAACUCAGCCCCUGAAACCUUCACUUGUGGUGUCCGCAAGCAAAGAUGAAUCAGUUCGACUGUGGAAUGUUCACACUGGAAUUUGCAUUUUGAUAUUUGCUGGAGCUGGGGGUCAUCGGAAUGAAGUUCUGAGUGUGGACUUCCAUCCAUCAGACAUAUAUCGGAUUGCAAGUUGUGGAAUGGACAACACUGUCAAGAUUUGGUCAAUGAAAGAGUUUUGGACAUAUGUAGAGAAGUCAUUCACGUGGACAGAUCUUCCUUCAAAGUUCCCAACAAAAUAUGUACAAUUUCCUGUGUUCAUAGCUUCAGUUCAUUCAAACUAUGUUGAUUGUAAUAGAUGGCUUGGUGACUUUAUCCUGUCAAAGAGUGUUGACAAUGAGAUUGUGCUAUGGGAGCCAAAGAUGAAGGAACAGUCUCCUGGGGAGGGUACAGUUGACAUUCUUCAAAAAUACCCUGUUCCUGAAUGUGAUAUUUGGUUCAUCAAGUUUUCUUGUGAUUUCCAUUACAAUGCAGCUGCUAUAGGGAAUAGGGAAGGAAAGAUCUAUGUUUGGGAAUUGCAAAGUAGUCCCCCUGUUCUCAUUGCAAGGCUAUCUCAUAGUCAAUCCAAAUCUCCGAUAAGACAAACUGCAAUGUCAUUUGAUGGGAGCACCAUACUUAGCUGCUGUGAGGAUGGAACCAUAUGGCGUUGGGAUGCAGCAUCAUCUUCCUAGGUCUAUCCAAGUGUAUCCGACCGAUUCCUAUCAUAGCUUAUUUUUGGCGUGGUAGUUUGUGGAUAUUUUACUGUGCUGCCUUUUUUUUUUUUUCCCGAUUAGGAAAAGUUAAAUUCGACUGUCAAAUUAUGUAUGAACAGGUAUUAAAAACCUAAUUUAUCAAAACUAUUCUAAGGUUAACGGCGUUGAA